UGGGAAGAAUGCCCCUUAUGUUGAUGGUCAGUGGGAAGAAUUUCUUCUUACAUUGUUGGUGGUCAGUGGAAGAAUGUUCCUUACGUUGGUGGUCAGUGGAAAGAACGCUCCUUAGGUUGGUGGUCAGUGGAAAGAAUGCUCCUUAGGUUGGUGGUCAGUGUGAAGAACACUCCUUAGGUUGGAGGUCAGUAGGAAGAAUGCUCCCUUCAUUGAUGGUCAGUGGGAACAAUGCUUUUUACAUUGGUGGUCAGUGGGAAGAAUGCCCCUUAUGUUGAUGGUCAGUGGGAAGAAUUUCUUCUUACAUUAUGGUCAGUGGGAAAAAUGUUCCUUAUGUUCAUGAUCAGUGGGGAAAACAUUCCUUACGUUGGUGGUCAGUGGGAAGAAUGUUCCUUACGUUGGUGGUCAGUGGAAAGAACGCUCCUUAGGUUGGUGGUCAGUGGAAAGAACGCUCCUUAGGUUGGUGGUCAGUGGGAAGAACACUCCUUAGGUUGGAGGUCAGUAGGAA